AUGAAAGAGGCCAUUCGACAUCUCCUGAAGAUCCAGACCAUAGAACCGGCCACCAUUUUGAGCAAAGAGCUCUACCAUUCGGCCUCUCAUCGGCCCCCAGAAAAAAGGCGUUCAGCAUUUUGGGCCGAGAGGACCCUGGUUCACAAAGCCGCCCGAACCAGGGACAUCCAUCAGCUCCAAGAACUGAUCCGGAACGGCGCCUGCGUCAACCUGGUCACCUACGACUCAAUCACCCCCCUGCACGAAGCCAGCCUGCGUGGCCAGACGCGGUGUGUGGAGAUCCUCCUGGCGGCGGGAGCCCAGGUGGAUGCCCGGAACAUCGAUGGGAGUACCCCGUUCUGCGAUGCCUGCGCCUCGGAACCCCCCUGCGGCUCUCUCAGCUUUGUCGUCUCAGACUCCGUCACGCUCUCGGCCGAAAAGCCCUGGAAAAGAUUCCCCCACCUCCACAUCCCUACAAAAUUUGUUGAAUUCCUCUCCUACAGCCAGUGAGCUGCUCGCGGCCCCCGUCUAAGGACCCCCCCAAUCAUCACCCUGCAAAGUUCACCUUGUGCUCUUCCGAAGCCACCGUCUUUCGGAACAACGUGCGACUUUUUUCUCGAACGACUGUAAAUAGAAAUGUUAAAACCGUGGCUGGAAGCG